GUUUAAUGAUAUGCUUUGCAUUGUAAACAAAAACGAAAAGUGUACAGCUCAUGUGUGAGGCUCUACAAUAACAUUAAGAAUAUUGUGAAGUGUUCCACAAUAAUUGAUUUACAAUGUGUAUACUGUGUGAAACUAAACACAUCUACAUGUACCUGCAAAACCACAUGGACCACGACAAAACAAAUUGCAACCUACUGGAAAUAACGGGAGGCGUGGCCGUCCCAGCAUGCUCAGCGCGGACCGCGCAAAGUCCGCAGUGGUGGCUGCGGGCAGCUAGCAGCGGGCGCUGGUCGCAGAAGACACCGCGCAGUCCUCUCCUCCAGCAUGCCAGACCUCCUGGACAGCGGGCUCUUCCCGCUACCCUCCAACUUCUCCAGGCGGCAGUGGCUCACGCUCAUCGUCAUCGGCAUCGCAGACUUCUGCAACGCCAUUUGCGUCUCGCUCCAAGCCCCCUUCUACCCGCACGAGGCAGAAAAGAAAGGAGCAACUGCUACGGAGUAUGGACUGGUCUUUGGUGUCUUCGAGUUGGUGGUUUUCAUUGUCAGUCCACUGUAUGGAAAACAUCUCAACAGGAUAGGACCAAAGUAUAUGUUCAAUGGUGGAAUUUUUACCACAGGCACAUGUGCUAUAUUAUUUGGCCUGCUGGACAAAGUCAACGGACACUAUCCAUUCAUUGUGCUGUCGUUUCUGAUUAGAAUAAUUGAAGCACUUGGAAAUGCUGCUUUUUUGACAGCAAGUUUUGCUAUAAUUGCCAAAGAAUUUCCAAACAAUGUUGCCACAACAUUUGCUUCACUGGAAACAUUCUUUGGUCUCGGUCUCAUUGUUGGACCAACUGUGGGAGGAGCUCUCUACCAGCUUGGAGGUUAUACAACUCCAUUUGCUGUGUUGGGAUCUGCUCUAUUCAUGUCAGCAGUGAUGACAGCAUUUGUACUACCAGGACACUCAGAUUCUCCUGUUGACGACAAACAUGAAGGUGGCCUGUUCCAAGUCUUGAAGAUACCAGGAGUUAUGCUCGCAGCUUCAAGCAUUGUUGUCACAUCAAUGAGCAUUGGCUUCUUACAAGCUACAUUGGAACCACAUCUCAGAAAUUUCAACCUCUCCCCUGUGAUUCUGGGGCUCAUGUUUGUCAUCAAUGGUGGUACUUAUGCACUAACUGCUCCUUGCUGGGGUUGGAUGUGUGAUCGUUUCCUGAUGCCUAAGAUUGCCACCAUCAUUGGAUGCCUUAUGAUAAUGGUUGGCUUCAGCAUGAUUGGCCCUGCUCCUUUCAUUCCAUGUGACACAAUUCUAUGGUUAUCAAUUCUGGGGCUUGUGUGUCAUGGCCUUGGGAUAGCUGCGCAACUGGUGGCAUCAUUCACAGAUGCUCUCAGAACAGCAAUAGCAUAUGGCUUUCCUAACAAUCUGGAAACUUAUGGCUUGAUAUCUGGAUUGUGGACUUCAACAUUUGCACUGGGAGCUUUUAUUGGUCCAUCUGCUGCCGGUAUUCUAUAUGACAGAGUAGGAUUUAAAAAUGCAACAAUGUUCAUUGUUGGACUUAAUCUUCUUGUAGGUAUUGUCGUACUGAUCUUUAUUUGCUUCACACGAAGAAGAUCACCCUACAAGGAAAUAACACCAACAGAUGAUCUGAAGAUGUACUCCAGUGCAGAGACAGGGUCAAACAUCAUCAGUAAUGGAACUGUUGUCAGAAACAAAGCAGUUGCUAUUGAACGACCACCAGGAAUGAAUGGCAUUAUUGCCUGUAACAGUUACAAAAAUAGGCAUGGAACCUGGCAUAUGAAAGACAGUGGUGCUGUUCUGAUAGGCCCUUACAGUUCAAGUUUUGGUGGGUCAGAAUCAAGAAAUCUUAUAGGGGGCAGACAUUGAACAUUUCUGCUGAAAAAUUAAAUUCUGAAGAAAAAUGUGUUGCCUACAGUGUUAAAUUUUACACCUGUAAAAGAACACCUAUCAGUAUUCUCAAAACACCCUUAAUGUCUUGUUAUAACUGUAAAGAAGAGUGUUCACAGUAAUAUGAUGGUAGCAACAUUAGGUCAAGCUCUACCCAUAAACAGUUACCUCUAUGCCUUCUCAUUGUAGACAGACUGACUGACAAUUCAGGAGGCCAUUUUGUGUCUUAACAUUUUAUUUAUUAAACUUUCUUAAACAUGACCACAAGUUAAAUAAAACUAGUUCAUACAUGUUCCUCACUUUUAGAAUAAUUUUUGUGUGUGUCUCACUCUUAUUUAGCAAUCUGUAACUGCACAAAUGGGAAUGUAUUUUGUAUAUAUUGAUUACAUUAGUGUGGAUGGAGCAAAUAAUUGUACAUACUGACUAAGAAUGAGUGUGAUAACUUCUGAUCUGCAUUUUUGAAAAAUAAUACUGUAGUCCAUCACUAAAUAAGAAUGGGACACACACCAAAGUGAAAAUGUAAAGAAUAAAAACAAUGUGUGACUGGAAA